GGGCAAGCAGUGCCGGCGUCAUGGCGGCCUCCGCGCAAGGCUUGGCCCGGGGGCAGCUGCGGCUCCGCACUGCCGGCCUGUGCUGCCGCCGGCUGUCUCGGGGUCUGUACGCUCGCGUGCGGCGGCUGCCCGGGCCCGAGGUGCCUGGGCGGAGCGUGGCCGCUGCCAGCGGACCGGGCGCCUGGGGCACUGACAGCUACUGCCUGGAGCUGCUGCGGAAACGGGAUUAUGAAGGUUAUUUAUGCUCCCUGCUGCUCCCUGCAGAAUCCCGAAGCUCUGCUUUUGCACUGAGGGCCUUUAAUGUGGAACUGGCUCAGGUUAAAGACUCGAUCUCUGAGAAAACAAUUGGACUGAUGCGAAUGCAGUUUUGGAGGAAAACUGUGGAAGAUAUAUACUGUGACAAUCCACCACAUCAGCCUGUGGCCAUUGAACUAUGGAAGGUCUACGUACCAGCAGAGGUAGGCCCAGUUUCUGGGCCCCAGAUUGACUUCACAGAGCCCCAGUAAAGAUGAAAAGCCAGACCCCCCCAACAACUGGGGAUUGAGAAGAAAAAUUGGAUGGGAAGCUGCUGUUAAAAGACAUAAUCUGACUAAAAGAUGGCUUAUGAACAUCAUUGAUGAAAGAGAAAAAAAUCUAGAUGACAAAGCAUAUCGUAACAUCAAGGAACUGGAAAAUUAUGCUGAAAACACACAGUGCUCUCUUCUUUACUUAACACUAGAAAUAUUGGGUAUAAAGGAUCUUCAUGCAGAUCAUGCUGCAAGUCAUAUUGGAAAAGCACAAGGCAUUGUCACUUGCUUGAGAGCAACGCCAUAUCAUGUGAGCAGAAGAAAGGUGUUCCUUCCCAUGGAUAUUUGUAUGCUGCAUGGUGUUUCACAGGAGGACUUUCUACGGAGGAACCAAGAUAAAAAUGUGAGAGAUGUAAUAUAUGACAUUGCCAGUCAGGCACACUUGCACCUUAAACAUGCUAGGUCCUUUCACAAAAGUGUUCCUGUGAAAGCAUUUCCUGCUUUUCUUCAAACGGUUUCUCUAGAGGACUUUCUAAAGAAAAUUCAGCGAGUAGAUUUUGAUAUAUUCCACCCAUCUUUACAGCAGAAGAAUUCAUUACUUCCAUUAUAUUUGUAUAUUCAGUCAUGGAGAAAAAUAUAUUAAUUCAUGGCACUGAAGUUAAUUCUAGUCUAUCGGUUUUAUAAAGUUAGGAUUCUUAUUUGGGAACAACGGUAAGUGACUGUUAAAGAGAAAAUGAAUUUAUUGGAUGUGAUGUUCAGUGGCUCACAAAAUUGAUAAGAAGCUGCUCUGGGACUAGGGUGCCAAGACACUGCUGAGAUUCUGGCAGAGGCACCGCCACUGUCACCACCAGCCCAGACGGUGUCUGCUGUGCUGUCCCUGGAAGCUGGAGCUCCAACAGGGAAUAUCAGUUUAGCUGUGCCUAGGCUGUAAGCCACACUUGAGCCAGCGGGCAGGGAGAGGGAAUGUCAUCCUACCUUCACAACUGGGGAAGGAAAGGGGAAAGGGCUCAGGUUAUCAUAGGAGCUUACAUGCUGAGCAGCUACAACCCAGGUGUUCAGAACAGCUGGAAGAUGCAUUUAGGGGUCACAAAGAGUGAAAUUAAUAUUUGAGGAGUAUCAGUCAUGUGUUGCAGGCUUUCUAUCCCUAACAUUUAAUCUUUACAAUCUUGUGUAAACAUUUAUCCAUGAUGAUGAAUUCUUUAAGGCCGGAGUGGCUGUCGAGAGCUAGAGCCUUAAUUUGACGUUAGCUCUGGCUAAUCUGGAAGCUUUUGCUUUUUUGUUAAUCCCACUGCUUCACUUUGUCAUUCAGCAUUAUCAUGAUCAUGAACAAAACUGUAUUGACAAAGUUUGUAUAAGUGAUAUUAACAGUACUGUAUUGUGCAUCCAUUAAGGAGGUGCUACACUUUA